AUGCGCACUCCGUUACACACCCCGCAACACCUACAGUACGACGGCAGUGCCGUGUGCAGCGAGAAGACGCCCGGAAAUGAGAUUUCGGGCAUCGAUAUCCGGUUUAGGCAGCUGAAAGACGAGCGUGAAAACGUGCAAAAGAAGACGUUCACCAAAUGGGUCAACUCGCAUCUCAUCCGUGUCAACUGCAAAGUUCAGGAUCUGUACGCAGACAUGCGGGACGGCAAGAAUCUGCUGCGCCUGCUGGAAGUGCUGUCCGGGGAACGCCUGCCGAAGCCGACCCGCGGAAAAAUGCGCAUCCAUUGUCUGGAGAAUGUGGACAAGGGCCUGCAGUUUUUGAGAGAUCAGCACGUGCACCUCGAAAAUCUGGGAUCGCACGACAUCGUCGACGGGAACCCAAGGCUCACCCUCGGUCUCAUCUGGACCAUCAUCUUGCGCUUCCAGAUCCAAGACAUCACGUUCGAAGAUGCGGACAACCACGAGACACGCUCCGCCAAGGAGGCACUUCUGCUGUGGUGCCAGAUGAAGACCGCUGGAUACCCCAAUGUCAACGUCCGCAACUUUACCACCAGCUGGCGCGACGGGUUGGCCUUCAACGCCCUCAUCCACAAGCACCGCGCCGACCUGAUCGAGUACGACCAGCUGCAAAAGUCGAACGCCCUCUACAAUCUGGGCAACGCGUUCGACGUGGCUGAGCAGCAGCUCGGCCUCAACAAGUUCCUCGACCCGGAAGACGUUAACGUUGACGUGCCCGACGAGAAGUCGAUCAUCACCUACGUCGUCACCUACUACCACUAUUUCAACAAGAUGAAGCAGGAGACCAUCCAGGGCAAACGUAUCGGAAAGGUGGUGAACGAGCUGCUGGAGAACGAGAAGAUGAUCAACAAGUACCAGCUGGACAGCAACGAUCUCCUCGAAUGGAUCCAGCGAAAAAUCGCCGAGCUGAACGACCGAAACUUUGCCAAUCAUCUUGAAGGCGUCCAGGAUCAACUGACCGAAUUCAACACGUACCGUACCACCGAGAAACCGCCGAGAUUUGAUGCGAAGGGAGAAUUGGAGGUGCUCAUGUUCGCGCUCCAAUCGGCCAUGCGGGCCAACAACCAGCGCGCAUUCCAGCCGAGGGAAGGCCGGAAAUUGGCCGACAUCAACAAGGCUUGGGAGAACCUCGAAAAGGCUGAGCAUGAGCGAGAACUCGCGCUCAAGGAAGAGAUCAUCAGGCAGGAGAAGCUCGAACAGCUCGCUGCUCGCUUCAACAGGAAGGCGGCGAUGAGGGAGACGUGGUUGACGGAGAACCAGAGACUCGUCAGCCAGGACAACUUUGGAAAUGACCUGGCUUCCGUUGAGGCUGCCACCAAGAAACACGAGGCGAUCGAGACGGACAUCUACGCCUAUGAGGAACGCGUGCAGGCCGUUAUCGCUGUUGCCGGCGAGCUCGAGAUGGAGAACUACCACAAAAUCGACGAGAUCACCGAGCGGAAGGAUAACGUUCUGCGACUGUGGAAUCGACUGGUUCAGCUGCUACUGGCCCGUCGUGUCCGCCUGGAGUUGUCGAUGGGCAGCCAGAACGUGUUCCACGAUAUGCUGCUAACGCUGGACCUGAUGGACGAGACGAAGACGCGCCUCCUUUCCGACGAUCUUGGAGGACAUCUGAUGGGAGUCGAGGAGUUGUUGCAGAAGCACAAACUGUCCGAGAGCGAGCUGCGCACCAUCGGCGAGCGCGUCGACAACGCCUGUGAAGCCGCCCAACGCUUCCGGGACCCGAACGGACCGGAUGGCUCCGGAUAUAAACCGGUUGAGCCGGAAGUGGUCGACGAGAGGAUCAAAAUCCUGCGCGAUCGCUACCAAGAGCUGCAAGAUUUGGCCGGGCAGAGGAGACGUCGCCUCGACGACAACAAGAAACUCUGCCAAUUCUGGUGGGACCUCGCCGAGCUCGAGCAGAACUUCCGCGAGCAGGAACAGGUCCUCGGAAGCACGGACACGGGAAGGGAUAUCGUUACCGUAUCCCACCUCCUCGCCAUCCACAAAAACGCCGAGAACAAUUUGGAGGAUCUUGGAAAGACGCUGGGGGAAUUGGAAGGACAAGGCGACGAUCUGCAACGCCAACAGAUCCCUGGGGCCGAGAAUAUCCCGCCAAGGUUGGCCGAUGCCCGCGAGUACUACGAUCGCCUUAAAGAGCUUGCCGCGGCUCGUCGUCAACGUCUCACCGGUGGUGUCGACUACUACCAAUUCUUCACGGACGCCGAUGACGUUGAUGCUCAUCUACUGGAUACCCUUCGAGUCGUGUCUUCGGAUGACGUUGGCAGGGAUGAAUCCACGGCCAAGCUGCUCCUCCAAAAACACGACACUGUCGACCGCGACCUCGACAAGUUCGACGAGCACAUCAAGCAGCUGCACGAGAAGGCCGAAGCGCUACCCGUGGAAGCGCGCGAGCACCCGGAUAUCCGCACCCGGCUCGACACGACUCUUCGGCGAAAGGCCGAGCUCGAAGCAUUGGCCCAGCUGCGGCGUCAACGCCUCAUCGAUGCCCUGUCCCUCUACAAAUUGUAUGCUGAUGCCGACUCCGUUGAGGCGUGGAUUGACGAGAAGGGAAAACUCCUUGCCACCCUUGUCCCGGGCCAAGACCUCGAAGAAGUCGAAAUCAUGCGCCACCGAUUCGACACCCUCGAGCACGACAUGCGCAACCAGGAGCAAAAGGUCGGAACGGUGAACGAGCUUGCCCGUCAACUGCUUCACGUCGAGCACCCGAACUCGGAUGAGAUUCUCCUUCGUCAGAAUCGCCUCAACGCUCGCUGGGCCCAGCUCCGGGAUAUGGUCGACCAAAAGCGCGCCGAACUCGAGAAGGCGCACCGCUUGGAGACCUUCCGCAUCGACUGCCAGGAGACGGUCACCUGGAUCGAGGAUAAGACCCGGAUUCUCGAUGAUUCCGAUACGCUCACCAACGAUUUGUCGGGCGUGAUGAAACUGCAGCGGCGUCUCUCCCUAAUGGAGCGUGACCUCGGCGCGAUCCAGGCCAAACUUGACGCCCUCCACAAGGAAGCCGACGAGAUCCAGAGGGAAAAGCCGGAAGAGGCGAUGGCCAUUCGAGACGAUAUCAAGCGUAUCCACCAAGUCUGGGAUCUGCUCAACCGGAAAGUGCGCGAGCACCAGGAGAAGCUCGACGAAGCCGGCGAUCUGCAGAGGUUCCUCAGGGAUCUCGACCAUUUCCAGGCGUGGCUGACCGCCACGCAACGCGCCGUCGCCUCGGAAGACGAGCCGAACUCGCUGGGGGAGGCCGAGGUGUUGCUCGAGCAGCACAACGCCAUCCGCACCGAGAUCGACGGCUACGCGGAGGACUACAGGAAGAUGAGGGCGAUGGGCGAUCGAGUGACCCAAGACCAAACGGAUCCCCAGUACAUGUUCCUGCGGCAACGGCUGGCCGGACUGCAGGAGGGAUGGGAAGAGCUGCAGCGGAUGUGGGACAACAGGCUCGAUCUCCUCUCGCAGGGACUCAAUCUUCAGCUGUUCCUGCGCGACGCGAAAAGCGCCGAGGUGUUGCUCUCGCAGCAGGAGAACUUCCUCACCAAAGACGACACACCCACCACCCUCGAGCAGGCCGAGAAUCUGAAGCGACGCCAUCAGGAUUUCAUGACCACCAUGCAGGCGAACGACGAGCGCCUGGACGCGGUGAUCGCGCUGGGAAAUCAGCACAGCAGCAGCGGGCAUUAUGCCGCGGACAAAAUCCAUAAGAAAACGGCAAACAUUGCCGAUCGAAGGCAGGCGAAUCGCGAAAAGGCUGAGGCUCAACUCCUCAAAUUCGACGAGGGCCUGAAGUUGCAUCAAUUCCUGUCGGACUGCGACGAGCUGCGGGAAUGGAUCGAGGAGAAGAUGAUCAGGGCUCAGGACGAGACCUACAGAGACGCGAAGACGAUCACCAAGAAGUUCACCCGGCACCAGGCAUUCCAGUCCGAGCUGCAGGCCAACAAGGAGCGGCUGGAGAGCCUGAAGAACGCGGCGCUCGUGCUCGAGACCGACAAGCCAGAAUUCGCGGGCACGAUCGACCCUCAGCUGCUCGACCUGACCACCCAAUGGGUCCAGCUGGAAAAGGCGACUGAGGAGAAGGGCCAGAAGCUCUUCGACGCCAACCGCCAGCAACUCUACGUCCAGAGCAUCGCCGAUAUGCGUGAAUUCGCCGAGCAGCUGGAGGCGGAGAUGAUGGUCGGGGGGCCCGAGCAACAGGGCGGCCCUGGAGAUCUGACCACCGUGAAUGUGGCCAUGCAAAAGCAGCAGCUCAUCGAGUCCGAGCUGGUCAAGCGCGCCGCCCAGAUUGAUCAACUGGCCGCGAUGGAGCCACAGCUCGAGGAGAUGCUCCCCGAUCAGCUUGAGCACAUCAAGGCGCAUCGGCUCGCUGUUCAGGAGCAGCUGCAAAGGCUUCAGGCGCCACUCGACGACCGUCGCCGCCAACUCGAACGCAAGAAGGCGGCCUUCCAAUUCGGGCGUGACGUCGAGGACGAGAAGAUGUGGAUCGCCGAGAGAUUGGGCCAGGCGAAAGCCCGCCAACUGGGCGAGAGCCUGCCCGAUUGUCAUCGUCUCCAGAAGAAACAGGGCCAAUUGGAGAACGAGGUCUCGAAUCACGAGCCGUGGCUCGAGGACAUCUGUUCGAAUGGCCGUCAACUCAUCGAGGCUGGCCACGAAAAUUCGGCCGCUUUUGAGCUGAAGAUCGCCGAGUUGAGGGAGGCGUGGAGCGAGCUGGGAGGUUUGUAUUUAAAAUCAUUGGUACAUGUCGCU